CACAAUCCCAUGAUUACUAGAGAACGACAGAGCGGGUGAAUGGGGGUCCAAGUAAAAUGGCUGCCAACCAGGGAGCUACUACACCUAUAUUUGACUGUCCGACAUGGGCAGGCAAACCACCACCAGGUCUUCAUCUGGAUGUUGUGAAAGGAGACAAGCUUGUAGAGAAACUCAUCAUUGAUGAAAAGAAGUAUUACUUGUUUGGAAGAAAUCCUGACAUCUGUGACUUCACCAUAGACCACCAGUCAUGUUCUAGAGUUCAUGCAGCUCUGGUAUACCAUAAACAUUUAAAGAGAGUCUUCCUCAUUGACCUCAACAGCACUCAUGGAACAUUUCUGGGUCACAUUCGCUUAGAACCUCAUAAACCUCAACAGGUACCUAUUGACUCAACAGUCUCAUUUGGAGCAUCCACACGUGUAUAUACUUUAAGAGAGAAGCCACAAACCCAGCCAAGCUCCACUUCUGGGGAUGCCAAGUCAGGUGAUGAUGAAGAACUGAAAGGACUACUGGGACUUCCAGAGGAGGAGACAGAACUAGAGAAUUUAACAGAGUUUAAUACAGCCCAUAACAAGAGGAUCUCCACGCUGACAAUUGAAGAAGGUAACUUGGACAUCCAGCGACCAAAGCGCAAACGGAGAAGCUCAAGGGUUACCUUCAGUGAUGAGGAAGAAAUUAUCAACCCAGAGGAUGUGGAUCCCUCAGUAGGUCGUUUCAGAAAUAUGGUCCAGACAGCUGUGGUACCAAUCAAGAAGAAAAAGGCCGAAGGGCACGGCACACUGGGACUGGAUGAUGCAGUGGCUCGGCGCAUGCAAAACUUUCCCUUCAAUUCAAGCCUUUACGGAGACCUGCCACCUACCAGCAACGAGACUGGAGGACAUUCGCAUAGCACACAUGGAGGGACAGCAAUGGUGGCUGGUUUGCCUCUGCCUUUCCCUAACCCUGCUCCUGAUGUCGAUCUUGCUCCUGCAGUUGUGCCAGCUGCAAUUACACUUAAUCCCACUCCCACUCCUGUAGUUAGUGGCUUCUCAUCUGAGACGCUGAACGAACCCAAAAAGAAAAAAUAUGCCAAGGAGGCUUGGCCUGGAAAGAAGCCUACACCAUCCUUGCUUAUUUAGACGUUUGUUACAAUGUGUGUGUUCUGCUGGGGUGUGGGGUGGGGGGCAGUGGUUUGUAGGAGUUGAUGCCUUUUUUUUUUUUUUUUUUUUUAUAUAUAUAUAAAUAUAUAUAUUUUUUAACAGAGGGUGGGGUUAAUUGUUAUUACUUUCCAAAAUGAGAUCUUCCAAAUGUUAAGAACCGAUAGUUUCAUUGGCCAAACUGUGUUAUGCCUUCAGAGUUCAGAAUAUGCCUUUGUACAGUCUAAAUUGCAGUCAUGUUGUUUGUAAAAUAUGUUGCAGCUGUUUGAGGAUUAUGAGGAUGAACACUAUUUUGCAUCUUCCGAAUAUGAAAGAUUUUUUUCACGUGACGGAUACAUGAUGCUGUUCCCUGGAAAUGGUCAUCAUGUAUUUUUCUACACUAGGAAAGACUUCACUUUUUUGGUCAAGUUUUGAAAGUUGGCAAAUAUUUGAAAACAAUUGCAAUUGUUGGUGGCCUUUCUUGCUGAAAAGGUAUUUGCAUUUUCUUUUUAAUAUUUACAAAUGCAUCUCAUUAUCCUGUUUGAUUAUGGCGUUUGGCUUUCUGUAAACAUUCAUUACUAUCGUAACUAACAGAUGCCAACAUAAAGUAUGCAUGGUCAAAUAGGCCAAGUGAACUCAGUUUAUUAAACCAAAGUACACGUAAAUGUUUGUUUUACCAGUGAUUCCCCCCCCCCCCCCCCCCAUCUUGUUUAAUUAUGAAACUCUUCCAGCCUUUGCUACACAAUAUAAACAACCACUGAAGUAGAAAUUUCAGAUUAUUACUCAUAAGAAUAAUACAGGCAUAGAGUCGAGGAAUGUGAGUGCAAUAAGAUAAUUGCAGUUAACCUGAAAUUCAAUUUUUGGUGUGCAUGUGUAUUUAUAUAAGCAACAAUGCAUGAAUCGGAUAGGACAGCUUAUAGUUCAAACAUAAUGUAACUGACGUCUGUUCACAAAGUACAAGCUGAUAACUUUACUCUUCAUGUUAAUAGCUGGUAUUGCCAUUUUCUCCGUAAUGAAAAGAGAUUUGACAGGGUUUCUUACUGGUUUGUAACCGAUUUCCAAUGGUUAAAAAAUGAGUAUCAUGUAAGAGCUCACUACAUUUGCAAAAACAAUCUUUUUAAUAGUCGCGUAUCAGUUUAACUUGUUUUACUCUGAGGUGAGAUUUUGAGCCACAUGCCUUUGGUUAUCACUGUAGGUUUCAGAGUUGGAUUAGUUAUCGGCUUUAUCUGAAAGCACAUGUUCUAUGAUCUGUAUAUUAAAUAGGCUGUGUCUUUGUAUUCCUUAAUUGGCAUCUCAGAUUGAAAUUUUAAAAAUUGUUUGACAUUUCACAAUCAUAAUUGAUAAAAUAUAUGCAGUGUUAGUCAUUUUUCUUUUAUUUAUAUUUUAAGCUAUAUAAAAAGAACAAAAGGACCAAUUCAUUUACUUCUCUAGCCAUGCAUUGUAAUGCUUACUGUUGGCUGACUACUACGUGGCCAGGCUCCAUGCAGCCCUGUGUGAUUUAUAUGUGUAACCCCAGAGGCAGGGCUGUACCGUUACCCAUGAUGCUUUUCUUCUGUUUAAUAAAUACAGAAACUAGUGUGGCAUGGCUAAUCUGUCUUGCUUUCUAAACUGAUAGAUGUACAGGACUCUUUACAUACCCCACUUGGUGCGUUGAAAAUAACACCGUAAUGUCUUAGUCGCUACAUGAGCAAAGUUUUAAAAAGUCACUAAUUUGUUUUUAAGAAACAAAAAAUAAAACAUACUUAAAGGAGAUUUAAUUUCUAGGUUGUCGAUCCUCAGGAGUUAAUCCGAAGCCAAUGUGGUACAAAUCUGUUAUUGACUGAUGCUUUUGGCCAGUGAAAUGAUGGGUUUGAUGUUUGGGAGAGAUCAUCUUGUUCCUUUGUAUUGUGAAUAGGCAGGGCGAUUUUUACGAGCUUUGUACAGAUGUUUGUACAGUUGUGUAAUAGAUAUUUUUCACACUUACUCUUCAGUCCUUACCCUAUAUGUCAUUGUAAAUUAAAAUCCUAUCUGAAUUUUGUCAAA